AUGGAGCAAAACUUCGACGGGCGACCGCCCGUUGUCCCCUCGGCCGCAACUUCCAGCGCGCCCACGCCUCUCCGUCCCGGAACCCCCAACACAGAUGACAACCGCAACAUUUUCGAGGGCACUGACACGGCCUCAAAUGCUCCCGGGACUGGGACAAACCCCUUUGUAAGCCCGGAUGCCUCACGGCCUGCUUCCAGCUUUGAGUCAUCCAGCGGCAGCCCCUACGAAGAACGUCCCGGGGUGGGUGGCCAGCGAUAUUUCCACUCGCGGUUGGUCAAGAAGGGAGAAAUCGAAAAGCCCUGGUUAGAAAAGGUCGAUCCCAAGGAGAAAUGGGUCACAAUAAUGCCCCUCCUCGGUAUUCUCCUGGGCCUGGCUAUUUCCGGCUUCUUGGUCUGGGACGGCAUGCGGAGUGUUGUCCACCACAAGUACUGCCCUGUCUUGGAUGAAGACUUCAGCAACGGCCUUGACCCGAGUAUUUGGACCAAGGAGGUGCAGGUUGGUGGAUUUGGCAACGGCGAGUUCGAACAGACUACUGGCGGUGAUGGAAACGUCUUUAUUGAGAACGGUCAUCUUAUGAUCAAGGCUACUCUCCAAGAUGCAAACCUGGUCGAGAAGAACAAUGUCAUCAACCUGCUCAAGGACGGCACUUGUACCUCCAAGGACUACUAUAGCUGCGUUGCCGCCACCAACACCACCAACGGCAACUCCAGUGUUGUUCCUCCGACACUAUCCGGCCGUAUUAAUACGUUCAAGGGAGCAAAGAUCAAGUAUGGCCGUGUUGAGGUCACUGCAAAGCUGCCUGUGGGCGACUGGCUCUGGCCCGCCAUCUGGAUGUUGCCAGUCAACGAUACCUAUGGUCCCUGGCCUUCGUCCGGAGAGAUUGAUAUCAUGGAGGCCCGUGGAAACAACCACACCUAUUCACAAGGCGGCAACAACAUUGCUUCAUCUGCUCUGCACUGGGGUCCUGACCCCGCCAAUGACGCUUGGUGGAAGACCAACAACAAGCGCAAGGCUCUACACACCACUUACAGCGCCGAGUUCAACACCUUUGGUCUUGAGUGGUCGCAGAAGUAUCUCUUCACCUACAUCAACAGUCGGCUGCUGCAAGUCACCUACACCAACUUCAACAAGCCCAUGUGGAAGCGAGGCGCUUUCCCCGACUCCACCUCCAACGGCACCAGGCUGGUCGACAUCUGGAGCAAGACUGGUCGUGACAACACUCCAUUUGACACAGAAUUCUAUCUCAUCCUGAAUCUUGCCGUCGGUGGAACAAACGGCUGGUUUGAAGACGGCAUGUCUGGCAAGCCCUGGUUGGAUCACUCUCCCAACGCCAAGAAGGACUUUUGGAACGCCCGCGACACUUGGUAUCCCACAUGGACGCAGCCUCAGCUCGAGGUCAGCCGUGUUGUCAUCACUCAGCAAUGCGAUGGCGACGAAGAAUUGUGA